GGCGGCGGAUGGGGACCGGAGCGGACGCUGCUGCUGUGGCGCCGGUGGCUCCCGGUGCUGCUGUCUGAGCCCGGAGCUCCGGCGACGGCGGCGGCAGCGACGGCAGCCUCCUCUCCGGGUCUCCGGCCCGGCCUCCUCGCGGCCCCACCCCCGUCCCCACCCAGCCAGGUCUGGGCGAGCGGCAGCCCAGCGGAAGCGGCAGUCGGAGGAGCGGCGGCGCCGCGCACGGAGCCCGCAGACAUGAGGUCGGUUAGUACUACCUGCUGCCCGGGCGCGGCGGCGGCGGCGGAGGGAGAAGGGAGCCUUUGUUGUCUGGGCUGCGGGGGCCGGGAUUUCGGGGAGGGGGGUGGCGCCGUCUGGGUUCCCCGUGGGCCUCCGCCCCGAGGAAGGAGCAAGCGGGGAAACGGGAGGCGGCACGCCGAGGCUGCUCCGAAGAAAGGAGCGCGGCUGCACCCGGGUCCCCGCCCUCCCGUCGAGGCUGCAACCAGCGCAGAUUUUUUUUUCUGGGGAGGGGGGACCUAGAACAUUGGGGGAUGCUGUUUUGGAGAACCUAGAAAAUUGGGGGUUGCUGUUUUGGGGGACCUGGAACAUUGGGGGUUGCUGUUUUGGGGGACCUGGAACAUUGGGGGUUGCUGUUUUGGGGGACCCGGAACAUUGGGGGUUGCUGUUUUGGGGGACCUGGAACAUUAGGGGGUUGCUGUUUUGGGGGACCUGGAACAUUGGGGGUUGCUGUUUUGGGGGACCUGGAACAUUGGGGGUUGCUGUUUUGGGGGACCUGGAACAUUGGGGGUUGCUGUUUUGGGGGACCCGGAACAUUGGGGUUGCUGUUUUGGGGAACCUAGAAAAUUGGGGUUGCUAUUUUGGGGAACCUAGAACAUUGGGGGUUGCUGUUUUGGGGCAGCCCCCUUCCCACAUUACGCGGUUUUCCUGGUUCCUUUUGUAACCGCUUGGGAGAGAGGUGCACGUGGCAAAGAUUACUACCCCCCUCCAAAACACAGAAACUGUUAGAAGCUUCUUUUUAAAAUGGGGGGGGGGGUCGUUUCUGCCCUCUGUUUGAAGCCCAAUCGAGCGUGUUUUCCGGAAGUGGGGAAAUGUUCCCCCAAAAGGAGGAGAGAUUGGCACUCCCCCGCCCCCCACUUUGGAAGAGGCAAGAGAUGAUACAAUCAACCCCCCCCCCAAAAAAAAUCCUGUUGUCGGAAUGACUGUGGACACACGCAGCCCAUGGGGUUGAAUGGGGGCACCCCAAGUUGAUGUCUGAAGCCACGCCCUUCCGUGUGACUUCAUCGCUCGCCCCCCCCUUGAGAUAAGGGGGGAGACUUCCAGGACGGCAGCGGAGUUUGUUGGGGAGUUCCUCCGGGGGGAGGGAAACGAGCCACGCCCCGGGCAAGGGGGGAGCAGGAAGAGAUAAGGAUAGAUUUGCCCCACAGCUGCCUCGUGUCCUCCAUAAGUGGGGCGGGGGAGGGUUGUGAGGAAUGCAAUUUCUUUCCCAGGGGGUUGUGAAUGCAUUUCGCGUUGGGCUGGGAGUUUUAAGUUUUUGGGGGGCGGAGGGGGCAUUUCCUAGUUAUGCAAUAGAGGACUGAAGGUCAGGGUUUGGGGUGGGGGCUGCAAGGGGUCAAGUCGAAGGGGGGAGCGACACCUCUGAUCUCUUGGGAGUGGAGAGGAACCUCAAAGGUUGGUUUCUGUGAUCCGUGCAAGCGACUUAGUUCCUUACAACCCCACACCUAAGGAACAAAUAACCCCCCCCCUUUAAGGACACAGGAAGUUGUUUUCUCCCAGGAGGGCAUUCCUGAGAGGGGGGUGGCUCCGCCCCUCUGAUGGGACAGGGAAAGUGAUCUUUCCUGGAGCCCAAGACCCUUCCCGAAUUUGGGGUGCUGGUCCGGCGGGUCCCAGAGGUUCUGGCCAAUGCUGGACAUCCGAUAAGCGGUCAGUCCUCUUGAAUAGAUCUUUGUCUGAAGAUGACCGGACUGGCUUUAGGUACCAUUGCGUCCCCUUCUCAGGUAUUGCAAGGGGGUGAGGGGCACCCCCAAAGCUCAAUCUCUCUUCCCCUUGCAAUCCUGGCCCUGAUCCUGCCCCCGUUGUGCCCCCUUUGCUCCUUUCCUCAAGUUGAGGGGGGACACACCAAAGACCCCCACCUACCUCCACGUCUCUCUCAGUGAAUACAGGUUUGGAAUUGUAAACCUAUUUCAAGGCAGUUUAUCUGAAGGUUGUCCGGGCUCAAGCUGCCCCCAAAUCUUAAAUCUUAAGUCUCAGGUAGGUCUUAAGCCCUCCCACCUCAUUUUCUGCGUCCUGGGACUUGCGAGGUAGUGCUUUUGAGCACGUGCAGAGUGUUUCCCCCUGCUUCGUUGACAUAGUGUGAUAAUUUCUGAGCCUAACGGGGAGGGUUCUGAGGUCAAGAGGGGAGAGAGACAGGCAGCCCCCCUCCUUCAGAAAUUAGGCUGACGAGGAGGCGCUGGCGGUCAGUAGGCCUGCAGGAGUUCAUCCUGAGUCGGCAGUUUUCAGAGAUUCCUCCCCGGCUCCCAUCCCCGAGUCACCAGAUUAUAGAAUUAUAGAACUGCAGAGUUGGAAAGUACCAGCCGUUCCAAACCAAGGGAAGAGGCAGUGUGGCGUAGUGGUUAGAGCAGUAGACUACAACUCCCAUCAUCCCUAGCUAGCUAGUGGGAUGAUGGGAAUUGUAGUCCCAAAACAGCUGGAGACUCCAGUUUGGGGAAACACUGGCGUUGGCGUGUCAGACCAGGGUUCGAACCCCCACUCGGCCACUGAGUGUCACCUUGGGGGGGGUCCAUUCACUGCCUCCUAGCCUGAUGUACCUCGCAGGGUUGUUGUGGGAGUGAAAUGAGAAGGUUGGCCGACCAUAUCUUGAGUUCCUUGAAGAAAAAGCUGGGGUGUAAAUGCCGUUCUCCCCUCGCCUCCUUAAUCCAGCGGAAAGCUGUUUCUGUGGCCCCGAUCCCCUAAAAGCAAAAGGAAGUGAACUGUAGGGGAAGUAGAUUCAGAUCAAGCACAGGGCCCUAUGAUAUGCUUUAUCUAUAAGCCAAACUCUAGUUGCUGUACUGCAAUUUUUUAUUUUUAUUUUUUAAAAGGGCAGCCCCUGCCUGCAGCCUUACAAUACAAGAAGGAAAAGUUGAGGUGGGGUUGUGGGGGAGGCAGGGUGUGUUUUGCAGGUUAAGCAACCCGGAAGAGGUCAGUUUGUCAUCUUCGCUGCAAGAGACAUGGAGUGCAGUGACGCCUUAAAGGCUGACAAGAUUUAUCGCUGCCUGGGCUGCCCUCAUCAGCAUCACCACCGAAUUAGUCAGCCUUGAAGGGCUCGCAGAGUUCUUGGUCUCAGUAGGAGGAAAUGCAGAGAAAGGGAGCGUGUAGUACUUGGGGGGUGUCCCAAAGUGGGGGUGGGCAGGAUUCCUUGUUGGGGGGUGUCGCUGGAGGUGCAAAUGACCACCAGACUUUGAAAAGCUGGUGUCCCGGGAGCAAGCCCAAGAACUUGGUUCAGAUGAAUCAAACUAAAUAGUUUUAUUUGGGUUCUGAAUAAAUGUGCCGUUCACUCCUUUGAGUUUUAUUUUAUUAUUCUCUUCCAUCACGGGCAGUGCGAACCGCUAUUCUGAAUAAUGCCUUUUAUAGAAUGCUGGGGGUGAGUUUAUGGGACCAAGCGGGCGGUGUGUGACCCCCAGAAUUUUGGAAACGGCUGGUGUAGUAGGACAUACUUGGAGGAUUUCGGAGAAAAGUCCUGUCUGGUGUUUUGCGCAAUCUGGAGACAAGGAUCCCUCUGGCAUUGAGGUUUCCCUGGGAUGGGAAGGAAGGGAGUUGUGGGUGGUUGUUGGCUAGGUUUUCCCCGGGGUAAGGUAAAGGUAAAGGGACCCCUGACCAUUAGGUCCAGUCGUGACCGACUCUGGGGUUGCGGCGCUCAUCUCGCUUUUUUGGCUGAGGGAGCUGGCGUACAGCUAUUGUGGCCAGCAUGACUAAGCCGCUUCUGGCGAACCAGAGCAGCACAUGGAAAUGCCGUUUACCUUCCCGCCGGAGCGGUACCUAUUUAUCUACUUACACUUUGACGUGCUUUCGAACUGCUAGGUUGGCAGGAGCAGGGACCGAGCAAAGGGAGCUCACCCCAUCACGGGGAUUCGACCGACCUUCUGAUCAGCAAGUCCUAGGCUCUGUGGUUUAACCCACAGCGCCACCUGCGUCCCUUCCCCCGGGGUAUACCCAUUGAAAUGGAUGGACGUGGCUAAGCUAGGUCCAUUCAUUUGGGGAGGUUACACUGAGUGCUCAUUUAAAUGGGGAGCUCUGGGUGUCUCAAAGUACACAGAGGAGGCUAAAUUAAUUUUAAGACUGUAAGCGCCCUGAGGCCAGAGACCUGCUGCCCUCACUUAAGCCAUAAAACGCCGUAUUAUGUCGACAGUGGGGUGCAGAUUCCCUCAUCAGUAGCGCCGGAGGAACCCCUAAAGUAUUGGCCAGAUCGUCUUAUAUGCUGCCUUUUCUUUAAAAAAUGGGGACUGUGACCCCUGACCUGUGUUUCUGGUUAUCUCAGGAGUGAAUGACUGGCCUCCAGUCCGGCCUCCAGACAUGUUUCCAGUGGCGGUCAUCCAGUUAUCUCUAGUAGCCGAAAGCUGAACAUCCUGGCAGCCGGUGUUUCCAUGUAGGCUGCUGCUGUUGAUGGAGGCUCCACUUUGCUGCUCUGGCUAAGAGUGGGCUGCAAACAUGGGUCCAAUCCCUUUUUAAAUCUGCGUCUCGCGGCAUUUGAGGUCAGUCGUGCGCUGCAUGUUCUGAAACGGCCGCCCAUUCAUUUCCUUGGUUGACUCCUCGGAGGGUGAGACGACUUUGAGUCACUAGAGAAUUGUCUCCUUAUUCCAUGAUUAAGUUCCCUCGAGAGCCUUUGGUGUGUAGGACUUUGUCAAAAGCUCUUUUUGGGGGAACUCCAAGCUUGCCAUGUCUGCCGCUGGGUGGUUCCUGUCUCCGCUCUUGACGACACGCUCAAACAGCUCUGAAAGGUUAUCGAGGUGGGACUUCCCUUCGAUUCUUUAUAGCUGCGAUUCCUGCAUUAUUGCACUGGGUUGGACUAGAUGGCCUUUGGGGGGUCCCUUCCAGCUCUUAGCUUUACUCAGAAUAGACCUUUCGAAAUCGAUGGACCUGACUCAGCCACGUUCAUUUAUUCUGAUGGCUCUAAAACUUCAUUCUCUGCCACCCCAUGCCUGCCUUCUUUAGGCUAAAUAACUCUGUCUUUCAAUAAUACAUUUUAAACACAGAAUUCCUCAAUGAUACGAUACGAUAAUCUUCAUUGUCAUUGUCCCAUACAGAACAACGAAAGUGAAAAAUCUACACAAGACAUUCAAAAACCAACAAGCCUUCUAUCCCAACCUGGUUAGCCCCCUACAAACUCUGAAACCCCAUUUUAAAAUACAAUAUACUAUAGAGACUCCUUAUGCUGCGUUUAGAACCAGAAUUGCAUUUGGGUAGAAACUGUUUCUCAGGCGGCUAGUCCUGGUCUUUAAAACCCUGGACCUUCUUCCAGAAGGCAGAAGCUGAAAGAGAUCAUUUCCGGGGUGCGCACUAUCCUGCGCUAUCUCUGCAGCUUUCUUAUGGCACCUGGAAGCGUAGAUUUGAUCCAAGGUGGGAAGAGUGCACCCAAUUAUUCUCUCCGCAGUCUUUACAACCCUGGACAGCGUUGUUUUUUCCCUGACCGUGCAGCAACCUAGUGCCGUCUCCAGAUGUUCUGGACUACAAUUCCCAUCAUCCCUGGCUGAUAUGCUAGGACUGAUGGGAGUUGUAGUCCGAAACAGCCCAACGGGGAGGUCUGUGUUAAGAGUAGCUGACCUGAGACUUCGUUCCCCUUCACUGCUGGGGUUGAACUGAGUGUCUUGCAAACUUCUGGGCAGGAACUUGAUUUCGCAGAGAAGUUGCGUGAUGUGGAACGGUUUCAGAUCUGCGUUCGUUGACUCUCGGGUAUAUACUGAGAAAUCUUUGACGAUUACAUUUAUAUAUUCCCCCCUCUCCUGCCUCUUUCUUCUUGUGUCCGCCUCACUUUGUCCUCACAACGACCCUGCGGAGUAGACUAGGCUGAGAAUCUGUGACUGAACCAAAGUCACACACCCAGCUGAGCGGGGAUUCGAACCCGGAUCUCCCCAGCUCCCAUCAAUGGCUGUCGACCUCCAUCCUUGCGGUUAGCACAGGGGAGGGAGGUUUUUAUUCCUUUCUCAGCAGACAGGAUUAUCGAGGUUGUUCGCAGCACACCAGCAAUUAGAGUUUCCUGGCACCGAUGACCUUGCAUUUUUGGGGGGGGGGGGGGAACUAGAGGAUCCUUGAGUUCCAGGACCUCAUCGAAUCCACCUCUCCCCUCUUCUAACAAAACCACAAAAGGCCCUUUUGUCCCUCUCAUUUGCAUAGCCUUUAUUUUGCAUUUUGCAAGGUGCAAAAGAGCCCUCCAGCAAUCCUGACUCCCAGAGCUCUCAGCCACCCCUUGAGUUUUCUGUAGGGUCUGGGUCAUGGCAGUGCGGGGGGGGGGGGCGUUGCUGCACUUGCGGCUGUGGAGAAACAACCCCCACCUUCCCGACCCCUUGAAAACCCACAGCUUUUCUCGCUUCCACGUCUGGAGACCACGUCAGCACUGAAAGCUGUGGGUAGGAGAAGCAGAUUUCAGCAGCCGGCCAGGGUUUUAUUUGCGUCUUCAUGCAGCGCCUAGUGGUUAGAGCUGUGGGGGAGGCCUGAGAAGUUUCAGCAGCUGCAGCAACUGGUGAUUUUAUUUUCUCUCCCCCCCACCACCACCCAAAUGUCUGCUACUUGGGGUCUCUUUCUGGUAUCUUUCAACAGCUGAGAGGCUUCCAGCUGUCUGGGAGUGAAGGGGGGGUUAUGUUGCAUGCCCCCCCGAAAACCCUCCCUCAGCCACUUUGGGAAACGAAGAUGCUUAGAAACAUGGAACUGUAGAGCUGGGACCCCCCAAGGUCAUCUAGUCCAACCCCCUGCUCAGCCAGCUACUAAGCUCAAAGUUUUGCAUUGCAAGGACUGAAUCGUUGAAGUCUCAUGUGAAGGACUUGGGGAGAUGCUUUUCCUAAAGCCUGCCUCAUUUAAUCCCCCACAGCAACCCUGUGAGGUAGACCAGGCCGACAGGAAGUUGGGUAGUACUUAAUAAUAAUAAUAAUAAUAAAUUUUGUUAUUAUUUAUACCCCCGCCCAUCUGGCUGGGCUCCCCAGCCACACUGGGCGGCUUCCAACACAAUAUUAAAAUACGGUAUUGCAUCAAACAUUAACAGUUUCCCUAAAUAGGGCUGCCUUCAGUUGUCUUUUAAAAGUAAAAUAGUUGUUUUUCUCUUUGACGUCUGGUGGGAGGGCGUUGCACAGGGCGGGUGCCACUACCGAGAAGGCCCUCUGCCUGGUUCCCUGUAACUUGGCUUCUUGCAGGGAGGGAACUGCCAGAAGGCCCUCGGCACUGGACCUCAGUGUCCGGGUAGAACGAUGGGGGUGGAGAUGCUCCUUCAGGUAUUCUGGGCCUUUGAGGCCGUUUAGGGCUUUCAAGGUCAGCACCAACACUUUGAAUUGUGCUCGGAAACACACUGGGUGCCAAUGCAGAUCUCUCAGGACCGGUGUUAUGUGGUCCCGGUGGCCGCUCCCAGUCACCAGUCUAGCUGCCGCAUUCUGGAGUAGUUGUAGUUUCCAGGUCACCUUCAAACGUAGCCCCACAUCGAGCGCAUGGCAGUAGUCCAGUAGCCUUCAAGGUCCGUUCCAUUUCUAUGAUGUUAUGACUGGUUUCCAAAGUCGCACCCAGUGAGUGUCAUGGAUGAGUGGAGGGUGGGAUUUGAACCUUGGUCUCUCCCAGGUCCUAGUUGGAUGCUCUAACCACUACACCAGGCUGGCAUCUGGCCUUGCAAGGUUUCUGACCCAAAAGGCAGCAGCAUUUUUCACAAAAAAGGUAAAGGACCCCUGACCGUUAAGUCCAGUCGCGAACGACUCUGCGGUUGCGGCGCUCAUCUCGCUUUACUGGCCGAGGGAGCCGGACUACAGCUUCCGGGUCAUGUGGCCAGCAUGACUAAGCCGCUUCUGGAGAACCAGAGCAGCGCACGGAAACGCCGUUUACCUUCCCGCCGGAGCGGUACCUAUUUAUCUACUUGCACUUUGACGUGCUUUCGAACUGCUAGGUUGGCAGGAGCAGGGACCGAGCAACGGGAGCUCACCCCGUCACGGGGAUUCGAAUCACCGACCUUCUGAUUGGCAAGCCCUAGGCCCAGUGGUUUAGAUCACAGUGCCAACCGCAUUUUCAUUUCUUCACUUUAACAAGGAACAAAAAAACCUGUCUAUGUGCUCACAUGUGUUUGCCUGCCAUGUCUCGUUUGAGAUCCAGCCUUUCCCCCUUUCUGCCUUAACUUUCCCAAUCUGUAAAAUGGGCAACCCAGGCAGGAGUCCAGAGAGACCCCUGAGCUUUGCAGUUACUUGACUGAGUUGCUUAGUACUGACUGUGGGUCUGAGAUGUUGCAGGCGAUUUAAUUAGUCCAGGCUGAUUACCUAAAGAGCAGGAAGCAGCCUAACCCAUUUGCCUUUUCCACUGUGUACAUGGACCGACUGGGAAGAGGAAGAGCAGGCCCAGUGGAUGUUAACCCUUGGGCUCCCAGGGAGUUGUGGCCUAUGCCUUGAAGGCAAUCUGGUGCCCUCCAAUCUUGUUGGACUACAACUCCCAUCAGCCCUGGCUGGCACAGAACUUUUUUGGGGGGUUUGAGAGCACCAGGUGGGCUCACACAUAUACCCAGUGAGAUGCCAGUUAAAGCCAAGCCUUUCAAAAGGCAAAUUCACGCUAUCGUAAAAUUGGGAGGGGUCCCCCGAAGGUCAUCCAGCCCAACCCGCUGCAAUGCAGGAAUCGCAGCUGACGACUCCUCAACUGCUCCUCCUCCUGGUGGCGCAGCAAGAAAACGGCUAGCACGUUUGCGAAGCUAAGCAGGGUCCGCUUGGGUUUCAAAUUGGAUGGGGGACCGUGCAUUGCCCGGGGGUUGGACUCGAUGCCCUUUGGGAUCCCUUCUGCCACCUUCCUCUUUUUAAAGGCUACUUAGCCUUAACCACUGAAAUGAGUGCAAUGGUAAUACUUUGAACUCCUCCGAGAAAAGGUCCCAUUUCAUCUCCAGGAGAAAGAUGCUCCAUUGUUUGGGGUGGGAAGGGGAGAGGCAGCUUCCGAAAUGAACUUUUGGUGAAAUAAUUUUUUAACAUAUAAAUACCAACAAUCAUUUAACAUAACUUCUUAUCCUAUACAAUAUUUUAGACUUCCAUCAACAACCUCUAAAGAUUUUCCGUUCUUUAUCACUUGUUCUGCAUUUCUUAAUUUCUCUAUUACUUUUAAUUGCCCUUAACUAAUAAUUCUUUUCAAAGUCUUCCUUGCAAUAUUUCACAAAGUCCUCCUUACAGAAGUUCUUGCCAUCCUACUAGCGUAAUCUGUUCCUCACAAUUGCUUUCCAAAUAGUUCAGAUAUUUACUCCAGUCCUCUAAGAAUCUCUGAUCCCGCAGGUUUCGAAUCCUUCCUAUUAAUUUAUCUAAUUCUGCAGAGUCCGUUAAUUUCAUUUGCCAUUCUUCUUUGACAAUUCUUCUUGCUUCCAUUUUUGUGCCAAUCAUAUUCUUGCUGCUGUUGUUGCGUAAAGAAACAAUUUCUAGUCCUGUCUGUUAAUAUCCUCUCCUACAAUGCCAAGUAAAAAUGUUUCUUGUGAGAGAGAGAGAGAUUAGAGAAAUUCAUGGGGGUGGUUUGGUCCAUCAGCCAGGAACAAAGACCCUGAAUUGACUGAUAAUGGAGCCUCCGUGUUCAGAGAGUGUCUACCUCUAAAUUUGAUGUACUGGGGACGGAGGACAGAAGUAGCAGAAGUGUGUUUGUGUGUGCGUGCUCUGCUUGGGAGCUUCCAGAAGCACCUUGGCUGUCCUCUGUCGGAAGCAGGAUCCUGGGGCGUUCUUUCCUGAUGCAGCUGCGCCGUUCAUAGGGGACCUGGGAGGUUAAGAUUCGGCAUUUAAAAGGAUGACUUCAUUUUGCUUCAUCCGCCGGGUUGCUAAGCCCCAUUUUCCUCAUUCCUCAGAUGACUAAAUGCUGCCAGCCCCAAACACGAGGGAUGAGCCAGCCAGAACAGCGAGCCCCUGGACGCCUUGUUCUGCAAGCUAAGGGCCAGGGUGUUGCCCCACCACAGGGCAAAGAAAGGACUUCUGCCUCUGCUGCUAAGAGUUAACCUGUGGAACUCGCUGCCACAGGAGGCUGGGGUGGGUGGUGGCCACCAACCUCGGACUGGGCAUAUUCAAUGGCUACUACCCGUGCCCGGAUUGCAUGCUUCCCGUGGGAAUCUUCUCGGGUUCUUAUGGAACCUCCAGCUCCAGGGGCAGUCUAUCUAUAUUCCUAGGUUCUUUGGGGUAUUUGGCCACUGUGAGGGUUGGCUAGAUGGGCCAAUGGUCUAAUCCUGAGCUGUCUCAACCGCCUGGCCUCACCCCAAGUCCCUGGGCCCCCCAGCGCCGGAAUCCUCUUGGGGGGGUCGCAGGUUCCGGGCGCCGCUGCAUUGUGACGCGGCACUGAGUUCCGAUUCACACGUCUUCCAGGCAUCGUAAGGGCUGGUGGGAGAGACAGAGAGACCUGCACCCGGGCCGGGCGUGGCGGGGGCACCACGUCGGACACCAUGGGCCGCUUCGGAAGGUUGUUUCGCGCCGUUCCCCCCCCUCGGAUUGGGCCCUCUGCUCUGCUGGCCUCCCGGGUGUAGGGGAGGGGGCUGGAGUUGCAAGCGUUGGUCGUAUUCUGCCCUGUGGAAAUGCCGCCAUGCUCUCCCUGCCCCCCCCCCCCGGCUAAACAUGAAACUCCGACAUGGAUUGCAGCCCCUUCUCCCCCACCCCAUCUUGCCCCCCCCCCCGCCGUGACCAGUUGUCCCUUUUCCCUCUCCUCCACCUUCUCAUCCAAGGUCAGCCCUGAUAUUCUGUCAGUUCUGUUUUUUUAGGGAGGGAGGUGUUUCUUGCCCCCCCCCCCAAGAGUCCUAGGUCUUGCUGGCCCUCCACCCCCCCCCCUUUUCCCAAAUUGUCCUGAGCUGGAAAAGGCCGGAAAAGCUGCGCGCCUUUCAGGAAGUGACUCAGCCGUCUCAAAUACAAGGCUGCUCAGGGGAGGAGGAGGAAGAAGAGGAGGGUUUUUUUUGGGGGGGGGGACGACAAGCCUCUGGAACACCCCCCCACACACACUUCACCUCCUUACUGAUGCUCUCCAGGGGCGAGCACAGACAAGAUCCAGGCACAUCCUGUCCCCUUAGCCUCAAGGCCUGGCUUUUGGCUGCUCCCAGCACUUUGGGGGCAGGGACCACCCCUGGUCGCCUUGCUUCCCCCUCCGUUCGCCAUAGGCAACCUGAGUGGGGUUUUUUUGCUCUCUGGCAGAUCUCCGGCUCCUGACCCGCCGUCUAAGCCCAAAGUAGAGAAGCAUGGCACAACGCUCAGGUGUGGAUGGAUUGGGCCCGUGUGGGGUACAUGUAGCCCCCCAAAAAAACUUCCUUAUCCUGGGGUGCCCACCCUUAUCUCACAAAACCUGCAGAGGCCUUUGAGAAGUGGUACCCAAGAACCUUGUGUUUCUUAGGGAUGGAAGCAAUCUCCCCCCCCCCCCCCAAAAAAAAAAAUCUUGGAAGUUUUGGACCUGCCCCUGGCUGGAACCUGAAAAUUGCCCCCCCCCCUCCCCAAUUUGACUCUUAGGAAUAGUUUUCUUUUAUUUUUCCCCCAAAAAAAUUUAUUAAGUUUUUCACAAUUAUAAUAAAUAUAACAUAGAAAAAAAGAAAACGCACAAGAGAAAACACAUUACAAUACUAAAAAAAAAAAAGCAAGAAAAAUUUAAAAACCUAUCACUUGAAAAACCCAAAUUAUCUUACAUUGUUAAUUGACUUCCUCGAAUCCUUCCCUUCUGAAUUUCAUUGUAUCUCCAUAUAACAGUUCUCCAAUAUCAUUCUUCAACUAAAAUUAUUUCCAACAAUUAACUAUCUUCUUCUCUUUCUUAAUAUUCUAAAUCCAACUUACUUACAAUUGGAUCUUAUUUUAAUCCACGGCCUGUUUGGUCCUUUUCAAGUGACUUCUAAUUAUUUAUAUUGCAAUAUUUAGCUAAAUAGUCCUUAAAUUUCUUCCCGUCUUCUUUCUGGUCGCGGAUUCUUCCAGUCAGGUCAGCUAGCUCCAAAAAGUCCAACAUCUUCACCUGCUAUUCUUCCACCACUGGAAUUUCUUGGGAAUUCCAAUUUUUAGCUAACGGCAGUCUUGCCGCUGUGGUGGCAUACAAAAAUAGUCUUUUGGGGGGCAAUUCCAUUCCUAUUAUUCCACCUAGAAAGGCCUCUGGUUUCUGACUCUUAGGAAUGGUUUUAAACACACACCCCCACUCCUUUCCAGACUGAUUCCUGGAAUCGGGGGGCCUUCUGGUUUCCGUUGGGAGACCUUGGCUUCGGAUGGUGGCGAUUUCCCCACCAAUAGAGGUUUUCCACCAGGGGUUGGGAUGGAUGACCCCUGGGGUUCCCUCCCCACCCCACGAUUCUGUGACCUUUGACUUUCUCCGUUUCCAGCAAGGCUCCUGACCCCCCCAAGGCCAAAGACCAACACCAUUCGACUCAACUCAAGUGCGGAUGAGUAUUUGGGUCAGGGUGGGGGGCAGGGAGUUAGCAAUGGCAGGGCGCAGAGUGGGGGGCUGGUUUGCCCCCCACUUCUGCCCUUUGCAAGAUGCAUUUUUGGGGUGGGGGUGGGGGGCAAAGCUAUUUAAUUUUUCUCCUGGACCUGCAGUUGCAGGCCUGGAAACGACGUCCUUCUGGGGCCGCCUUAUGCACUGUCCGAAAAGGCCUGGCUGGGAGGGGGCUGAAGACCACCCUCAACCCCCCCCUCUCCUGGGGGUCUCUCUGGGCUUCUAGCCCCCCCCAGAGACCAGGAAUGUGCUUCCCUUUGGCAGGAUCACGCUGGGAAAGAAAUCUCCCGCCCCGGAACCCGCUAAGAAAGUCGAAGUGAAACAGGCAGAUAAACCCAGGUGCGACUGAAUUUUUUUUGGGGGGGUGCGACACUAAAGAUGCUCUUCUGAGCUCUAGGAAAGGGCUUUGACUUUCAGGAUAAGGGACUCUCCCUGUCCCAAUUGGAAGGGUUGAAAGCUCCCUGCUCCCCACUUUGCCACCCUCUGCCUAAAUUGGGGGGGGGGGCAGCAGGAAAAAAAAUUCCUGGGGUGGCACACAAGGGGCAAAGUCUUGUGUGCAACACAUUAAGAUUUCUGAAAGGGGAAAAUCCCAUAUAUAUCAAUGACAGGAGUGCACAAUGGAGGGAAUAUCAUUGGGGUUUUUUGGGGGGGGGGUCACUUCUUCCCCCAUCUAGGGCCACCCUCUCCAACUGGGAGUGAGCUGACAGUUUCUUGUGCAUGAUCAGCGUUCGGGGAGGGGGGGAUGUUUACACGGCUAAUUCCAAACGACUUUGAACGCCGUCCAAAAUGCACACACACACCCAUUAUACGUGGAAAUGUCUUUUUCCAGGCCCCCCCAACCCCGAGCCGCUCUUGUUCCUCUGCAGAAAACAAAGGCUGAGCAGCUCUGCCAAUUCCCACCCCCCUCCCGAAAAAACCCCACUACUUUUUUGUUUUUAACCAAGUUGGAGAAAGUAACACGGAAAGCAAUCCUGAGUCGAACCGUACCUGCUUGUCUGUUGCUCUUUUCUGGACCCCCCCUGCCCCAAAUUUAAGUCAGCCACCCCCCCAUCAGUUUGCAAUGCUUCCAGCUCAUAAGUCUGGAAUUUGGGGAGUGUGUCUGUGUUGGGAUGGGGGGAGGCAAGGAAAAGUCCCUCUCUAGCAAAAAAAUAAACCUCCUUUGUGAAUACCUAUGGGGAAGCUGGUUGCUUUGGGGAGAGAAUGGAGGCGAUGGAUGAUGUCAGGAUGUUUUGAGCUGGGCUGGGGGUGCUUGUCCUAGCUUAGGCAGGGUUGCUGAUGGGGGGGGGGGACGGCACAGGAUGUCUCUGUGCCCCUCCCCGCCUCCAACCGCCUUGCAUUCCCACAUUAUCCGGCCUGUCCUUCAAGUCUACCUUAUAUGGGCAAAGGCUGCUUUUUGCUCUCCCGCCCUCCCUCCUUCCGCCUCUUUUCCGGUUGGCCGUUCCAGGUGCCAAUUCUUAUUCUUUCAGUCACUGCCAGAGUAAAGGGGGGGGCAGCCUGUUUCCCGCACUGCCCCCCCCACUUACCUCGCUCUGUUUUCCCGAAAUAGGAAAGCUGGGUGUCUUGUUUACCCUCUGAACCUAAAAGGAGCAGUCUCCUUUUCUUGAAGAGGCCAAAUACCCCGUCGAACCUAGGAAUGCAGAUAGACUGCCCCUGGAUCUGGAGGCUCCAUUAGAAGAGCUGGGCUGCUGGAUCAGGACAGGGGUCAGCAUCCUGUUCUCCUAGGGGCCAGGGAAAACCUGCAAGCAGCCCUUGAGGUUUCCAGGAACUGGGAUUCAAAAGCCUCGCUGCCUCUACCUCUGGCAUGUUUUGGUUCGGACAGCCGGGUUUGAGUUGAGCCCCCAGAGGUUACCGUAUAUUUUUCCCCCAAAUUUUUUUAUUGAUUUUCACAAUAUUAUAAAAAACAAACAAACACACAAAACAAACAGAGAUCAUAGCCUUAUUGAAAAUUACAGUUAUUAACUUUGUUAAGUGACUUCCUCGCUUCCCCUUGGUUGAAUUUCAUUGCAUGUCCGUUUAACGGUUUUCCAAAUCCCAAUUUUUAUGAAAUUUAACUUAAACUUUAACAUCCUUAAAUCUUCACCUUAUAGGAUUAAACAUUAUUACUUCAUCACUUAACAUAAAUAAAAUCUUAAGCCCAUUAAGUAUCUGCAAGCUAUCUCCAGUUAAUUCAACUUAACAAAUUUAACUAAAUAAUCAUUAAAUUUAUUCCAUUCUUCCUGAUACUCCUCCUCCUUCUGGUCGCGGACUCUUCCGGUCAGGUCGGCUAGCUCCGAAAAAUCCAUCAUCUUCAUCUGCCAUUCUUCUAUUGUUGGCAAUUCUUGGGUUUUCCACUUUUUAGCUAACAAAAUACAAGCAGCAGUUGUGGCAUACAAAAAUAAUUUAACAUCUUUCUUGGGCAAUUCCAAACCUGUUAUUCCAAGAAGAAAGGCCUCUGGUUUCUUUAUAAAUGUAUAUUUCAACAUUUUUUUUCAAUUCAUUAUAAAUCUUUUCCCAGAAGUCUUUCACCUUGGGACAGGAGCCACCAGAGGUUAUAGCUGCUUGGGGAGGCGGCCUUGGCAUGGGGGUUUAUGCCCAAGUUUCAGCACUCUCAGUUGGCCCCCGCUGGCCUGGCAUUUGCAGUUCCUGGGCCAUAUCUCAGGGUAGGACACUUGCUUGGCAUGCAGAAGGCUCCAGGUUCCUUCCCUGCUGGCAGGAUCUCCAAGGUGUAGGGUUGGGGGUGUCCUUCACCUGUAACCCUGGAGAGCUGCCGGUCAGAGUAGACAACACUGAGCUGAACUCAGGCAGCAUCCUAAAUCUUAUACGCCCAGACCCUGCUGGGCAGCUGCAUUGGAGUGCAGAAGGCCUGUUUGCAGCCUCUCCCCCCCACUAGGCAUCACAACUACCUUUUGAAGUGCUGGGCUUAACUUGAUAAGACUCUCCACCUGUUUGCCCUGGAGGGGUCUGUAAGAAGAAGCUAAGGUGUCUCUUACGUAGAGGGGAAACUGAGGCAGAAGGAAGCGAGGGAACUACUUGAGCUGGCUUGCAAGCAGCAAGACUCUGGAGUCGUGUUUGCAGGUCUUCCUCUUUCUCUCGCCCCCCCCCCCCCACGAGGUUAUGAAAGGGAAGGUGGUUUAUUUAUGCUGUAAUUUUUGUGUCUUGGGAUACUUGGCCGAGCAAGUUCCACAUUUCACAAAACCUUCCUCUCGCAGCAAAUGUUCCUCCAUUUGUGAGCUGGAGAGAGAGAGGAAGAGAGAGACCUUUGCUCUGGGGCCUGCAGCCUGACCCCAGAAUGCAAACAAACGUUUUGCAAAGGGAAAAAUGUGACGGCUUGGGGAGAGAGAGGACGGGAUAGAGAGAAAAUGUCGCAGCGGUUUCAACAGCAACAUGCGAUUAGAUGCAUCUCAAAGGAUUCUGGGUACUGCUGAGCCACGGUUUCCCAAGCCGAUUCUGAGAAACAUUGGCCAUUGCAAAAACGUACGCGUGUGUGUCUGUGUAUGCAGGGCUGAAUUGGAUUUUAUUUAUAUUUUUGGCAUUUAUAUCGCACCCUUUUCUGCAAGUUGCUCAGGGUAGAGUACCUGAUUCUUCUCCUCCUCCUCAUUUAAUCCCUGCACCAACCCUGCAAGGUAGGUUAGGCUGAGGGAUAAUAAUAAUAAUAAUAAUAAUAAUAAUAAUAAUAAUAAUUUAUUAUUUAUACCCCACCCAUCUGGCUGGGCUUCCCCAGCCACUCUGGAUGGCUUCCAAAAAAAUAUUAAAAUACUAUAAUACAUCAAACUGAACCCGCAAGCAGCAUGCCUGAGUGAGGAUUCAAACCCUGGUCUCUCGAGGUCCUGGUCUGACGCACUCUAACCACUACACCGCACUGCCUUGACUUCAGACCCACCUGGAAUUUUUGACGGUCCAUUGCCACCUUCCAAGGGCUGGCAGAGCCCUUGCUUGGCGUGCAGAAGGUCCCAGGUUCAAUCCCUGAAUGUGUCUCCUGGAGCUGCCAGCCAGUGUAGGCAGUCCUGAGCUAGGUCUGAGUUGGUAGCUUCCUGUUCAAAACAGCCCUGUGCUAAACUCCAUGAGGACUGGCACCUUACUUAGACGGAGGUUGAGCACUGGCAGGCAGGAAACCCCUGGCAUCCCCUGGUAAUGCCCGCUGUCUGAACCUUGGGAAGCCCCUGCCGGCCAGUGCAUGCAACACUGACCUAGGCUGACCAAGUCUCCUCCAGCUUCCUCUGCACCUAGAUAUAUGCCCAUCUCAAACGACGCACCCAUCCACCUGCUCCCCGGCGCCCGCGGGUGGCAUUGCAGGGACCCAGUUUCUGCCUUGCCAGUGCAGGCUCUGGCUGGCAGCAGUUGCAGAGCCACACUUCGGGGCUUCUCCGGCCUUGCGCAACCCUCCUCCGGGUGGUUUGGGUCUUUGCCUUAAAAGCGAGGUAGUCUCGGAAGUGUACCUUGCGUCACUGCGGCUGUGGCGAGAUUGUGAAGGGACCUGUGGCUUGCAAGAGCCGGACGUGAGGUGGAGGCGCAUGAUGGGCUGAAGUUGUUGCUCAACAGAACCUGGGAGGGGGGAGGAUGAGGUGGAUCGGGCCCCUCUCCACCCCCACCCCCCGUCGCUCUCGGCUUGAAACCAGAAGGACGUUGCCUGCCUGUGAUUCAUUUAUUGCUGAUUUAUCCCCCCUUUUUCUCCCAGGAGCUCCAGGGGGUGCAAAGCGCUCCCCCUACUCCCUGUUUCAUCUUCACAACAACCUUGCGAGGUAGGGCUUAGGCUGAGAGGCAGUGGCUGGCCCCAAGGUCUCCCAGGGGAGGAUUUGAACCCGGGUGUCUCCCAACAAGGUUGCAGGUUCGAUCCCCGUAUAGGACGGCUGCAUGUGUCCUCCAUUGCAGAGAGUCAGGUUUCCUUCCAACUCUGUGAUUCUGUGAUAAUAAUAAUUUAUACCCCGCCCAUCUGGUUGGGUUUCCCCAGCCACUCUGGGCGGCUUCCAACAGAACACUAAAUACAAUAACCUCUUAAACAUUCAAAGCUUCCCUAAACAGGGCUGCCUUCAGAUGUCUUCUAAAAGUUUGGUAGUUGUUUUUCUCUUUGACAUCUGGUGGGAGGGCGUUCCACAGGGCGGGUGCCACUGCCGAGAAGGCCCUAAAAAAACUCCUUAAAAAGGUAAAAGUACCCCUGAUUGUUAAGUUCAGUCGCAAACGACUCUGGGGUUGUGGUGCUCAUCUCGCUUUAUUGGCCGAGAGAGCCGGUGUUUGUCCACAGACAGUUUUUCCGGGUCAUGUGGCCAGCAGGACUAAGCCGCUUCUGGCAAACCAGAGCAGUGCACGGAAACGCCGUUUACCUUCCCGCCCGAGUGGUACCUAUUUAUCUACUUGCACUUUGACGUGCUUUCGAACUGCUAGGUUGGCAGGAGCAGGGACAGAGCAACGGGAGCUCACCCUGUCACGGGGAUUCGAACCGCCAACCUUCUGAUCAGCAAGUCCUAGGCUCUGUGGUUUACACAACAGCACCACCUGCAUCAAACUCCUAGUCCUCAUUUAAUCCCCACAACAGUCCUGAGAGGUAGGUUAGGCUGAGAGGCAGUGGCUGCCCCUCAACGUCAGCCGCUGAGCUUCAUGGCCGAGUGGAGGAUUCGAACCCGGGGCUCCCAGGUCCUAGCCUAACACUCUAACCAUUGCACCACACUGCCUCUCGGUGUAGGCAGGUCUUGCCCUCCCUCCGCCCAGCUGAGCACAUCCUUGAUCUGCAAAGAUUAAAAGAAACCUUCCUAGGACCCACAUACCUAUGGACCGCCUCUCCCAGUCUGCCCCACGGAGGACCUUAAGGUCCAUAAAUAGCAACACCCUAGAGGUCCCGGGACCUAAGGAAGUCAGAUUAGCCUCACGCAGAGCCAGGGCCUUUUCAGUGAUGGCUCCGGCCUGGUGGAACGCUCUGCCUCAUGAGACCAGGGCCCUGCAGGAUCUGAUUUCUUUCCGCAGGGCCUUUGGCUUGGAAUCAACUUGAUCCCCUCCCCCUCUUUCCUUUCUCCUUCUGUGAUGGAACCCCUAUCUGGGGACUUCCCUGGCUUUUUUCUGGCCCACGUAGGACCAGUCUGGAAACUUAGCCUUGGUGAAGACUUGACGUUUUCAUCCCCCAAAGAGGUUUUUGAGUUUCUGCUGAAAUGAGGCUGCAUUUUAAUCUUGUUUUUAAGUUGUAUUUUAAUCAAUUGUUUUUAUACCUGGUGUUAGCCGCCCUGAGCCCAGUCUUGGCUGGGGAGGGCGGGGUAUAAAUAAAAUAUAUUAAUAUUAUUAUUAUUUAUUUUAUGCACACACUCUGUUUCCUAAGCUGCACUCCUGCCUGUCUCCCUUGCCAUGUUGGCAUUGCAGCGCCACCUCCCCAGCCCUGCUUAGGUCUAAAGUACUUGUUGCAAAGUCUCAUCUGAGUUCGCCUUCCAAGAAAGGACCUCCUUCAGUUUCCUUGAGCCGAUUUGUUCUGGUCUUCUCCAGUUGCAGGCUGCCUGUUUUCUCCCUGCCUCUCGCCCGCUCCCCAUUCCUGCUCCCGCAGAGUCUGGGCUGUGCCACAACUCGCCUGCAGCCCAGAGGCAGGAAUCGUGGCCCAGGCCUGGCGCUGCCUGUUUGGAUUAAGGGAGCGGCUGCCGUUUCCGCUUCACCCUUUGGUGCCUGGAGGAAGGCUGAGCUGCGGAGGAACCCGGGGUUUGUGUGUGCAAGGCCUUCCGUGUUUGGCAGUGCAGAGGGCAGGAACCUGAAAGGCCAUAGUAGUAAUAAUAAUAAUAAUAAUAAUAAUAAUAAUAAUAAUUGUUGCUGCGUUCCAAAGGAAGGAUCCCAGGAUCCAGGGCUUCCCAAACUUGGGUCUCCAGCUCCUAUUGGACUACAACUCCCAUCACCCCUAGCUAGCAGGACCAGUGGUCAGGGAUGAUGGGGAUGGUACAGUGAGGGGGGAAACGUAUUUGAUCUCCUGCUAAAUUUGCCCGUUUGCCUUCUGACGAAGAAAUGACCAGUCCAUUAAUAUUAAUGGUAGGUUUAUUGUAGCUGUGAGAGACAGAAUAACAACAGGAAAACCCCCAGAAACCCAGAAGACAAAAAUCAGAGAUUGAUGUGCAUAUCAACCUCGGGGAUAGAGGUUUCCUCUUGUGUGUGUGUGUGGUUUUUGAUGUUGUUUAGUGGUGUCCGCCUCUUCGUGACCCACUGGACCAGAGCAUGCCAGGCACUCCUGUCUUCCACUGCCUCCCGCAGUUUGCUCAAACUCAUGCUGGUAGCUUCGAGAACACUGUCCCACCAUCUCGUCCUUCAUCGUCUCCUUCUCCUUGUGCCCUCCAUCUUUCCCAACAUCAGGGUCUUUUCCAGGGAGUCUUCUCUGCUCAUGAGGUGGCCAAAGUCUUGAAGCCUCAGCUUCAGGAUCUGUCCUUCCAGUGAGCACUCAGGGCUGAUUUCCUUCAGAAUGGAGAGGUUUGAUCUCCUUGCAGUCCAUGGGACUCUCAAGAGUCUCCUCCAGCACCAGAAUUCAAAAGCAUCCAUUCUUCGGCGAUCAGCCUUCUUGAUGGUCCAGCUCUCACUUCCAUACAUCACUACUGGGAAAACCAUACAAUAAUAAUAAUAAAUUGUAUUUAUACCCCGCCCUCCCCAGCCAACACCGGGCUCAGGGCAGCUAACAACCAAUAAUAAAAACAAGUUGAUUGAAAUACAACUUUAAAAAGAAGAAUAAAUACAACAUUAACACAUUAGGAUGCAGCCUCUACACAGGAGGAGAAAGGAAAGAGGGGGAGGGGAUCAAGUUGAUUCCAAGCCAAAGGCCAGGCGGAACAACUCUGUCUUACAGGCCCUGCGGAAAGAAAUCAGAUCCUGCAGGGCCCUGGUCUCAUGAGGCAGAGCGUUCCACCAGGCCGGAGCCAUCACUGAAAAGGCCCUGGCUCGGGUUGAGGCUAAUCUGAUUUCCUUAGGGCCCAGGACCUCUAGGGUGUUGCCAUUUAUGGACCUUAAGGUCCUCCGUGGGGCAGACCGGGAGAGGCAGGCCCAUAGCUACGAGGGUCCUAGACCGUGAAGGGCUUUAAAGGUCAAAACCAGCACCUUAAAUCUGAGUACCGUAUUUUUCGCACCAUAGGACGCACCGGCCCAUAGGACGCAUCAAGUUUUUUGGGGGGGAAAUAAAGAAAAAAAAUUUUAUUAUUAUUUUUUUUUAAAUGAUAUUUAUUAAAGUUUCAAAAAAAGAUUACAUUCAUAAGAAAAGAAAAAUAGAGAAAAGAAAAAUGCAAAAUGCAAAAAAAAAACCAAUUAAAAACAAUUCCAUCUUUUCAUCCCUUAUUUUUCAUUUACUUGUUUCCCGAACCUCCUCAUGCCUCCCUUUUUUGUAUUCCAGUUCAAUUUAUUAGUUCAGCAAUUACUUUCCCUCCUUAUUUUAUCCUAAUCUUUAAUCUUAAUAUAUUAUAACAUUAAGUUUUGACCUAUUGAAAAUCCAAUUUUUCCAUAUUCUUUUACCAUUACAGCUAGAAACCACUUAACUUCAAUCCAACAUCAUUCUAACAUUCAUUAAUUUUGCAAUAUUUCUGUAAAUAGUCUUUAAAUUUCUUCCAGUCUUCUUCCACCGACUCUUCUCCCUGGUCUCGGAUUCUGCCAGUCAUUUCCGCCAAUUCCAUGUAGUCCAUCAUUUUCAUCUGCCAUUCUUCCAGUGUGGGUAGAUCUUGUGUCUUCCAAUGCUUUGCAAUAAGUAUUCUUGCUGCUGUUGUAGCAUACAUAAAGAAAGUUCUGUCCUCCUUUAACACCAAUUGGCUGACUAUGCCCAGCGCUUCUCCCCGCAGUCCGCCUUCAGACCAGGUCCGGGGACAGCAGGAAGACGCGCUGCGCCUCCCAGCUGUCCCCAGAGCUUGUGGGGCAGGCAGCGGGGAGAAGCGCUCUUCUCCCCGCCGCCCGCCUUGAGAUCAGGUCCGGGGACAGCGGGGAGACGCGCUGCGCCUCCCAGCUGUCCUCGGAGCUUGUCCCCGGAGCUUGCCGGGCCUCCAAACCACUUCGGGAGACAGCGGGAUGGCGGCGUUCCGCCUCCCUCUGUCCCCCGACCUUGUGGGGCUGGCGCUGGGGCUCUCCUGAAGCCUGGAGAGCGAGAGGGGUCGGUGCGCACCGACCCCUCUCACUCUCCAGGCUUCAGUGAAAGCCUGCAUUCGCCCCAUAGGACGCACACACAUUUCCCCUUCAUUUUUGGAGGGGAAAAAGUGCGUCCUAUAGGGCGAAAAAUACGGUAAGUAAGAGCGGGGGCUCGACCAGGCUGCUUGGGGGUGCCCAGACCCAACGGGCGAAAAUCCCCCCUCUUUUGCUAGAUGAGAGGGCUAUCGAUGGACGUUGGCUAUGCUUGUGGAUUUCCACGUACAUCUGCUUGGUUGUGAGAAGAGGAGACCGGGCCAUUAUUGGCCGGAUCCGACACUCAGGCUCUUUUUGGCAUGUGCAUGUGUUUGUGCGCACAAACGGUGUGGGUUUCAGGUUGUUUCUAUGUCCCAGACCUUGGUCAACCUCUCUCCCCCAUUCUAUCAGCUCCUUCUAUACCCCCCUUCCUUGUGCAUGAAGACCCCAGACAGUAAAAGACACCUGCGCGCACAUGCAUGCGUGCGCGCACACACACACACACACACAGAGUCCUUGCCAGCCUGGCUGCUUUUCCUGUUCUGCCAGUUGCCACAAUUCUCUGAGCACGCUUGUGCUAAGAGAGGAAGGUGGAGGAGAAGAACUCAACCGACAGCUUUGUGUGCAUGGGGGGUGGGUAUGAUUGGGUGCGGAGAAGAGACGGCUGUGGAAAUCGGCUGGGGCGCAUGGUGGUCUGCUUGCCCAGGCGCCUCGAGUCCCAUGCGGAACUUGCCACCGGCUUCCUAUAGAGUUACUUCUCUUUCCCACCUGCCUGCCCAAGGUUCUAGUCCUCAGCAUUCUGCAUGGAAACAUUCCACAAAGAUGCCCCUCCAUUUUCCAAGCACAACCCCUUUCUUUCUUUCCUCCCCCCACCCCACCCCAUGGUGGACUGGCAGCCCUGUACUACUUAAGCGGAUUAAAUUGCAAACACCUUUCUUCUUUUUUGAUUUGCAUAAUUCAGCCCAGCCUUGGAAUUUGGGCUUCCUGGUUGCAGAUAAGUUCAUAUUUUGCAUCUGCGGUGCAGAACCCUGCAGUUGUAUGUUAAACACGUCCCCAUGUGGCCUGCCCUCCCGCUUGCCCUCAUACAUUUAAUAAUAAUAAUAAUAAUUUAUUAAUUUUCCCCUCCCAUCUGGCUGGGUUUCCCCAGCCACUCUGGGUGGCUUCCUACAAAACACUAAAAUACAAUGACCUAUUAAACAUUAAAAGCUUCCCUAAACAGGGCUGCCUUCACAUGUCUUCUAAAAGUUUGGUAGUUGUUGUUCUCUUUGACAUCUGGUGGGAGGGUGUUCCACAGGGCGGGCGCCACUACCGAGAAGGCCCUCUGCCUGGUUCCCUGUAACUUGGCUUCUCGCAGCGAGGGAACCGCCAGAAGGCCCUCGGCGCUGGACCUCAGUGUCCGGGCAGAAUGAUGGGAGUGGAGACGCUCCUUCAGGUAUCCCGGGCCGAGGCCAUUUAGGGCUUUCAAGGUCAGCACCAACACUUUGAAUUGUGCUUGGAAAUGUACUGGGAGCCAAUGUAGGUCUUUCAAGACUGGUGUUACAUGGUCUCGGCAGCCGCUCCCAGUCCCCAGUCUAGCUGCCGCAUUCUGAAUUAGUUGUAGUUUCCGGGUCACCUUCAAAGGUAGCCCCACGUAGAGCGCAUUGCAGUAGUCGAAGCGGGAGAUAACCAGAGCAUGCACCACUCUGGCCAGACAGUCUGCGGGCAGGAAGGGUCUCAGCCUGCGUACCAGAUGGAGCUGAUAAAUCUUUUAAUGUUGAUUUAGCGGUGCCUUAGGACAGCUAACCCUUUCUGCAACACUUUAACUCUGCAAAGUAUAUUUUAUGAGCCGCUGCAUUUCCUCUGAGCAGUGGCCAUUUUACAGAGUGGGGAACUGAGGCAGAGAGAGAGACUUCUCCAUAGCCAGGCGUCGUAACCUGUGCAGAGAUGGAGUGUGUGUGCACAUGGGAAUGUUUCAGGUCAUACGGGUCCAGUUCUCUAUCCACUGAGGCUUCAUGUCUGCACACGCUAUUCCCCUCCCGGCCCCCGGAGUCUCUGCAAGAUCAGGAGAGUUCAGCAGCCCAGUUUGGAGCGUCUGCUUGGCCAGAAUUUCUGCGCAUGGUGGUUUCGACAAGCCUUUUCUCAGUUUCCUCUUGCAGAAACCCCCGGGUUAAGCGAUAGCUGUGCGGUUGCCACACAGAGGUCAGGAGCUGUUGAGGCUUGCGACAGGAGGUGGGGGGGCAGGGUGACUCCAUUCCCCUGAGCCGCAUGUGGGUUUUCCCCAGAAUAUAUUUCUGCACCCAUUCCGCUGCGCGAAGUUCAACUGGUGGGAAAUGUCGUUAAGGAUAAAGCAAUCAAGUCUAUGGAGGCAGUGAGAGAUUUUACUUUCUUGGGCUCCAUGAUCACUGCAAUGGGGACAGCAGUCACGAAAUUGAAAGACGCCUGCUUCUUGGGAGAAAAGCAAUGACAAACCUAGACAGCAUCUUAAAAAGCAGAGACAUCACCUUGCCAACAAAGGUCCGUAUAGUAAAAGCUAUGGCUUUCCCAGUAGUGAUGUAUGGAAGUGAGAGCUGGACCACAAAGAAGGCUGAGAGCCAAAGAACGGAUGCUUUUGAAUUCUGGUGCUGGAGGAGACUCUUGAGAGUCCCAUGGACUGCAAGAAGAUCAAACCUCUCCAUUCUGAAGGAAAUCAGCCCUGAGUGCUCACUGGAAGGACAGAUCCUGAAGCUGAGGCUCCAAGACUUUGGCCACCUCAGGAGAAGAGAAGACUCCCUGGAAAAGACCCUGAUGCUGGGAAAGAUGGAGGGCACAAGGAGAAGGGGACGAGAUGGUGGGACCGUGUUCUCGAAGCUACCAGCAUGAGUUUGACCAAACUGCGGGAGGCAGUGGAAGACAGGAGUUCCUGGCGUGCUCUGGUCCAGGGGCUCACGAAGAGUCGGACACGACUAAACAACAACAGCAAAAUCAAGGCUAUAGAAGAACAAGCCUUGCUUGAAGCAGAGGCAGCAUGGCUUCUGCAAGGACAAGUCCUGUCUCCCGAAGCUGUCAGAGUUCUUUGAGUUUAAACGAGCAUAUUCUGGAAGAAGCCUUUAAAAAAAGUCCCAUAUGCUCAGAGACUCCCAUAUGCUCAUUGGGGGAUAUAGGAAGCCCAGAGCACUUGUUCCUUAGAUGUCCCUUUUAUGAAGAGGCACGGAGUGAGACCAUUGAUCCCCUGCUGGUGAGGCUCGCUGACCUUCCGGAAAAGCCAAAAAUUAGACCUUUUCCUGUUAGGCAAAGAUCAUAAGACGACCCGGAUGGUCGCCAGAUUCUGUGUACAGAUCUGUAGGCGCACACCAUCCCUCGACUCAAACUAGUUCGUUUAAAAAAUCCCCAAACUCUGUUCCAUGGGGGACCCUGGAUCAUCUGUCUGCAGUAGCUUACCUUAAAGUUUUAAGCGUCUAUACGCUUAUCACAUUUAUAAAUUUUAAAUUUAUUAUUGUACAUUGUUUUAAAUGUUUGUUUUCCUUCUGUUUUUUUUCCAAUUUUUUUAUUGAUUUUCCACAAAUUUUUUAAACACAUAAACAAACAAACAUAAAUCCUAACCUUAUUAAGACUAAACUUUUUAACAUUGUUAAGUGACUUUCUCAUAUCCCCCUGGUUGAAUUUCAGUGUGUAUCAUUUUAACGGUUUUCCAAAACCAGUAUUCUUAUAAAAUUAACUUUAACAUGUAACAUCUUUCUUUCUUUCCAAUUUAGCAUUAAACAUUAAUUCAUCACAUUACAUAUUUCAAUCCUAAGCCUAUCUGGUAUUUGCAAGCUUUUCCAUUUAAUUCAACUUGACAUAUUUAACUAAAUAGUCUUUAAAUUUCAACCAUUCUUCCUGGUACUCCUCCUCCUUCUGGUCACAGACUUCCAGUCAGGUCAGCUAGCUCCGAAAAAUCCAUCAUCUUGUUUGUUAUCCUUCUGGGAUUGUACCCCCAAGUGUGUUUUAUAAGCUGGUCUCCGACUGUAAUAAUGUAUUUAUUUAUUUAUUUUAAAAACACAAGCAUGUAGGCAGAAGUGACUUAGGGUCCUUGAACUCUCAAAUAGGUUCUUGACAAAAGGCCUCGCCGACGAUUCCUGAGUUCUGUUGUGCAUCAGGAACCGGUUAAGUAGCAGGAAGCGAUAAACGGACACUUCUCCAACGGGGGAGAAGUAGAAAGGGGAAACCUUUUCUCUCCGCACCCCCCCCCCAAAGGUCAGAAUUGGGUCCUGUUCUUUUUAACCCAUUCAUAAACCAUCUAGAGUUAGGAGUGAGCAAGCCAAGUUUGCUGAUUAUACUAAAAUGGUUCAGGGUCGUUAAAACAAAAAGAUACUGUGAGGAGUUCCGAAAGGACCUCUCCAAACUAGGUGAAUGGGUGGUAAGGCGACAAUUGCAAUUCGUUGUAAACCAGGGUAAAAUGAGGCAUUUCAGGCCAAAAAAACUCUUUAAAUUUCACACUUAUGCUCACAGGGUCUGAACUGACGGGGACUGACCAAGAAUGAGACCUUGGGGUUAUAGUAGAGACAAAGACGUCAAAUAAUAAUGAUAAUAAUAAUUUAUUAUUUAUACCCCGCCCAUCUGGCUGGGCUUCCCCAGCCACUCUGGGCGGCUUCCAACCAAAUAUUAAAAUACAGUAAUACAUCAAACAUUAAAAGCUUCCCUGAACAGGCCUGCCUUCAGAUGUCUUCUAAAAGUCUGGUAGUUGUUUUUCUCUUUGACAUCUGGUGGGAGGGCGUUCCACAGGGCGGGUGCCACCACUGAGAAGGCCCUCUGCCUGGUUCCCUGUAACUUGGCUUCUCCCAGGGAGGGAACCGCCAGAAGGCCCUCGGAGCUGGACCUCAAUGUGCGGGCUGGACGAUGGAGGUGGAGACGCUCCUUCAGGUAUACUGGACCAAGGCCAUUUAGGGCUUUCAAGGUCAGCACCAACACCUUGAAGUGUGCCCGGAAAUGUACUGGGAGCCAGUGUGGGUCUUUCAGGACCAGUGUUAUGUGGUCUCAGAAGCCACUCCCAGUCACCAGUCUAGCUGCCGCAUUCUGGAUUAAUUGCAGUUUCCGGGUCACCUUCAAAGGUAGCCCCACGUAGAGCGCAUUGCAGUAGUCCAAGCGGGAGAUAACCAGAUAAUUGGAUAAUUUGGAAAUGGGUUCAAAAUAAAACUGCUCAUAGAAUGUCGUCGUACAAAUCUGUGAUCUGGUCGCAUUUGGGAGACGGUGUGUUGUUCUGGUUGCCUUAACUCAGAAAGGGUUUGGAAAAGGUUCAGAAAACAGCAUCCGAUAUAUCAAGGGGAGGGACUCUCCUACAAAUAAAAGGUUGCAGCAUUUGGGACUUGUGAGUUUAGAGGAAAGUUGUGUAAGUGGCAACAUGACAGUUUAUAAAAUUAUUCAUGGCAUGGAGAAAGCAGCGCCGUGAAAGUUUCGUCUUCCUCUCUCACCACACUGGAACUAACGGGUGCUGAAUGUUGGAAGAUUUGGGACUGAUAAAAGGAAGGACUUCUUCACAUGGCACAGAGUUAGCCUGUGGAACUCCCUCCCACAUGAGGCAGGGGUGGCUUUAAAAUCGAGGAGGAGAGGGCUGUCGGUGGCUACUAGCCAAAAUGCAUGUGUUGUUGCACUCCUGCCCUGCCUGGAGAUUUCCCCAAAGGCACCUGGUUUUCACUGAGCUUCAGGCCGGAAGCUGGGUUAAGGCAGGAGUGAGCGAUACCUGUGGCUUUUCCAAGUAGCAUUGGACUACAACUCCCAUAAUCCCCGGCAGCCAGCUGUGGCAGAGGAGUACGGCUUCCCUCAUCCUUUCCAACGUAUUUAUUUAUCACCAGUUUACCCCCCAAGAUGCUCAGGUUGGUUUGGCCUCGCUCCUUCCCCACUUUAUCCCUCGCAACAACAGCCCUGUGAGGCGGGUUCGGCUGAAAGAAUGUUAUUGGCCAGCCAAUGAACUUAAUUGUAGAAUUUGUUGUUGUUUAGUCGUUUAGUCGUGUCCGCCUCUUCAUGACCCCCUGGACCAGAGCACGCCAGGCACUCCUGUCUUCCAUUGCCUCCCGCAGUUUGGUCAAACUCAUGCUGGUAGCUUCGAGAAAACUGUCCCACCAUCUCAUCCUCCGUCGUCCCCUUCUCCUUGUGCCCUCCAUCGUUCCCAACAUCAGGGUCUUUUCCAGGGAGUCUUCUCUUCUCCUGAGGUGGCCAAAGUCUUGGAGCCUCAGCUUCAGGAUCCAACCUUCCAGUGAGCACUCAGGGUUGAUUUCCUUCAGAAUGGAGAGGUUUGAUCUUCUCGCAGUCCAUGGGACUCUCAAGAGUCUCCUCCAGCACCAGAAUUCAAAAGCAUCCAUUCUUCGGCGACCGGCCUUCUUUAUGGUCCAGCUCUCACUUCCAUACAUCACUACUGGGAAAACCAUAGCUUUUACUAUACGGACCUUUGUUGGCAAGGUGAUGUCUCUGCUUUUUAAGAUGCUGUCUAGGUUUGUCAUUGCUUUUCUCCCAAGAAGCAGGUAGCUUUUAAUUUCAUGGCUGUUGUCACCAUCUGCAGUGAUCAUGGAGCCCAAGAAAGUAAAAUCUCUCACUGCCUCCAUUUCUUCCCCUUCUAUUUGCCAGGAGGUGAUGGGCCCAGUGGCCAUGAUCUUCGUUUUUUUGAUGUUGAGCUUCAGACCAUAUUUUGCGCUCUCCUCUUUAACCCUCAAUAAAAGAUUCUUUAAUUCUCCCUCACUUUCUGCCGUCAAGGUUGUGUCAUCUGCAUAUCUGAGGUUGUUGAUAUUUCUUCCGGCAAUCUUAAUUCCGGCUAGGGAUUCAUCCAGCCCAGCCUUUCGCAUGAUGAAUUCUGCAUACAGUAUAAGUUAAAUAAGCAGGGAGACAAUAUACAGCCUUGUCGUACUCCUUUCCCAAUUUUUAAUUGUAGAAUAGGUGGCUUAAAAUGUGGGCCGCCUUUCUCAAAGUCCCCAAACCUAUUUCACAAGUCUCCAGAUCUUAUCCUUGGUCAGGCGUUGUUGGUUCCCAUUUCCCCGUUGGGUAUAUAUACAUAUUUGGCUGACUCUCAGCCAUCUUGCUGCUCCUGCCCUGUUGCAUCUUGCCUUGAGCAGGCAGCCAUUCAACAGGGGCAGCUGUCUGUGGCAAAGUGAGCUGCACCUGAUGGAUUUCUGCCUGGCUCUCGGUGCUGUUAAAGCAGGAGAGCUGGAGGGAGCAGGGGAGGCUGGAGACAAGAGGAAGAAGCCCAGAGGCUCCAGGGGCAAGCGCGUGCCUUUGCCCCCUUCCCCGCCACUGGCCCCUGAGGACCCAUAUAAGGCCGGACCUCUGGGGAAUCCAGGCAGAAGGGGCCGCGGAAACUCUUCUCCCUGCCAACAGUACAUUUCUCUUGCCUGUUGUUUGGGGCUUCUGUGACUUGAUGCUUUGCAGAUCUUUCCAUCCGCACCGAUGGAGGCCAUGUGUCAGGUCUCGCUGUGUUUGUGACAGGCCUCCCAAGGCAUGCUUCUGAAUUCUGUGGAAAAAAAAUCUCAGCCGGGGUUGCCAACUUUUUUUCUUGCUCCUGCUCCUCUGCCUUUAACACCAGCCAUGCACAUCAAUUGCGAGUGAUUUUUUUUAAGGGGAAGUUAAAAUUUUCCAACAAAGAUAUGCUUCUUCAGUAGACAGGGGAGAGCAUCACUUGCCCUUUUUUUUGGCAUGUUAGGAUGCAGAGGAGCAAGGCUAGUUUUUUAAAUAAAAAAGUGGCAACCCUGAUGGCUGUCGGGUCAAAAAGCUGGAGUCCACAAAUUGAGAGCAAGUUCUUAAGGAACAUGCCCUUUUCUGAGUCCCCUGCUCUCCAGUUAGAGAACCCAUUUCCGAGUGAUAUCAGGCUGUCCUCAUCUCUGGUGUCUGUGAAAUGGGCCUUAAGAACUCAUUUAUUUAUGCAUUGGGGGGGCAGUUUUGUCAGAAAAGCAAUACAGAAAGCUUUUAAAUAAAUAAACAUUGCAGUAUAACACACACCCCCCCCCCAGACUGUCAACUUCUAUCUUUUAAAACUGAGCACAGAGAAGAAUAGGGUUCUGUUCAUAUUUGCAUAAUGGAGAAAUGCAAUUUGCUUAAUGUUAGUGGAACAGCUCCUUCCUCUUCCUUGGGUAAUGUUUUUUCAGAUGGGAAUGGGUUGGGGGAGGUUUCUACCUACUUUUUACCAGCUACUACGCUAAAUUUGACUGUAUUGAAAGAAGUUCGGAGCUGGGAUAUUUUGUGUGUUUGUAAAUAUUUUUUAUUUCAUUUUAUGAUGCGUAUAUAUAACAGAACAGCGGGUGUUGAAAAUAAAAAGAUGAAGAAUAAAACUGGAAAAUAAGCAAGUGGGAAUGCAUACGCAGGAGUCAAAAUAAUGAAAAUCUAAGUACAGUGGUACCUUGGUUCUCAAACUUUAUCCAUUCCAGAAGUUAGAAUGUUGUAUUAUUUUAUUGUUGUUAGCCGCUCUGAGCCUGGCUUCAGCUGGGGAGGGCGGGAUAUAAAUAAAAAUUUAUUUAUUAUUAUUAUUAUUAUUAUUAUUAUUAGUUCCAAAACCAAAACCCUCCAAAACCAAGGUGCGCUUUCCCAUAGAAAGCAAUGCAAAAUGGAUUCAUCCGUUCCAGACUUUUAAAAAACAACCCCUAAAAAAGCAACUUAACAUGAAUUUUACUAUCUAACGAGACUAUCUAUCGAUCCAUAAAAUGAAAGCAAUAAACAAUGUACUGCAGUUACACAAUCAAUUAAUCAGCAGCUGAACUGGGUUCCACACAGUCACAAAAACAAAAAUGAAAGCUGCAAUAAUGAAAAAUAUAUAGCAAAAACAGAUGUCAGCGUAGCACUCAAAACAGAAGCGUAACACUCAGAUCAGAAGCAUAACACUCAAAAGGGAGCAUGUUCUGCUUCCAAAAAAAGUUCACAAACUGGAACACUUUUGCAGUGUUUGGGUUCCAAGUUGUUUGAGUACCAAGGCGCUUGAGAACCAAGGCGCCACUGUAAAGAACGUUGACGUUAUUUGGUAGUUUGUGAAAUAAAUAAGGGAAUUAUUGAGUCAAGUUCCAGAUGUUCCAGCCUGCGAUGAGAGUUGUUUUGAAAAUGUCGAUUCUGCUAUAUAUGUAGCCAAAGAAUGCUGGUCGUCCCUGUUGAAAUCUCAAUUUAUGUGUAAUUUUCUUGAUUGUAUCUCAGUUCCGGACUGAGUGCUACCCAGCGCCCAGUGUAAAAUUCUGGGCUGUUUUUCCGUUGAGUUGCAAUUAGCAUUAGAGUGACAAAGGAAGUAAAAGGCGGUGGAUAACAAUUAAGGAUUUAUUAUGUUUUCUGAAUGCAUUGGAAAAUUUAUAUCGAAAGGCUUAUUGUUUUGUGUACAUUCAAUUGUAAGAUAAAACAUAUGCAAUGGGACUUGACAGGAAGUCAAAAUUGAAGAAAAGGUUUUGUAAGAUAAAAGGGGGAAAAUACUUAUUUUCAUUAUUAUCGUUAUUAAUUUUGUGUGUGUGUGUUUUGUAUGGAAUGUUUGGGAGGAAAUAAGGCAGUGAAUAACAAAUAAACAAAAUAUUGAUGCAUGUAAUUUUUAUUUCUCAAUUAUAUUUUGGGGUAGUAUGGUUGUAAUGUUUUUUGUAGCAUAAAAUCAUUCAGUAAAAAUUAUUAUUAUUUUUAUUUUAAAAAGAGCUGCAAUUAGCUAUCCUAGGUGCCAAGAUCAUAUAGAAGCCUAGUUCUUUUGAUGAUGCAUCUUACACUGGUACCCUCAAAGCGUGUGUGUCUGUGUUGCCCCACGCUUUUCCUGGUGGGGGUCUUUGUGCCCUGGCUUAGCCUCACUCUUUCCUUCCUGUUUCCCCCACCUCCCUGAACCCAGUGAGUCCGUCGUCUGCACCACCCGAGCCACUGUGAUGCUCUAUGAUGAUGCCAACAAGAAAUGGGUGCCCGCGGGGAGCGGACCCCAGGCCUUCAGCCGCAUCCAGAUCUACCACAGCCCCGUCAACAACACGUUCAGGGUGGUGGGGAGAAAGAUGCAGCCGGACCAACAGGUAAGGACCCCCCACAGCAAAGAUGAGGGAGGGGAGGGGAGGUCUGCCUCUCCUGUGAUGUUAAAGCAGGCUUCCACAACAUCGGUCCUCCUGAUGUUUUGAGACUGCAAUUCCCAUCAUCCCUGACCACUGGUCCUGCUAGCUAGGGAUCAUGGGAGUUGUAGGCCAAAAACACCUGAAGGGCUGAGGUUGAGGAAGCCUGUGUUAGAGCAUCUCCAGUGUCGCCAUAGCAACCCCCCUGGCUCUGGUACCCAAAAGGGCUCUUUCUCUUUAUUUUUCCCUCUCCUGGGGUGCAUGGGUCUGUGUCUGGGGCUCUCCCCUAUUUAUUUACGUAAUUUCGUAGAAUUUAUACCUGCCUCAAAGCUGUUUACAAAACUGUAAAAUUACAGGCUAAUAGAUUAGAAGAAAAUUAAAUUCAGCAGUAAACUAAAAACCAGAUGGAUGCACGUGUCAAUGUUCCCAAUCUCUCCAGGUACAAAUAAAUGUUUUUAGCGUGAACUGAAAGGGUGCUGCGAAGUCUCCUGCCUGUCUGUUGUCAACAGGCAGGGAGUUCUAGUAGUGCCACACUAAAAUAUCGACAUCCAACCCCCUGCAAAGAGGAGAGGGAGGGGAAGGAUUUUGGGGGGAGCUGGCUAGGUCACUUCAUCGUUCACAUCCCCUUUUGCACUUUGUUAGACCGCUGCAUGUUUUCAAGGAGUCCUUGGCCUUCCGACAACUCCCCGCGAAUCUGAGUUUGCUGCCGUGCCCAUUUUACAGACGGAGCAAACUGAGGCUGCUGUCAACAGGCAGGGAGUUCCAAUAGUGCCACACUAAAAUACCGACUUCUUACAAACGCGGAACGGAGAUCGUGGCUCAGACUUUUCCCAUCCUCGUUAUUUUGACCCGCUGAAUAUCUUGCCGUUACGAAAGGAAGGAGCAGCAGAGCCUCGCUUGGCUCUCAGGUCACGUCAAAGGGGUCAGGUCUUGGCACCGGAAAGGGGUCGGGUUUGGCGCCAGGGGAGGGUCCAAAAUGCUUGUGCCCCCUGCCUGGGGCUGAUGGGAGUUUUAGUCUUUAUGAGGGAGCUGGAGGGCACCAAGUUGGCAAAAUCCGUCUUGGCUCAGCUUUUCCUUUACCUCCCCUUCCCUUUUCCAAAGGUGGUCAUCAACAGCCCGAUCGUGAAAGGGCUAAAAUACAACCAGGCUACGCCCAACUUUCACCAGUGGCGAGAUGCCCGCCAAGUCUGGGGGCUCAACUUUGGCACCAAAGAGGACGCUAGCCAGUUUGCUGGUGGGAUGAUGGCUGCUCUGGAGGCUCUGGAUUCAGGUGAGGGGGAGAUGGAAGAAUCUGGGGAUGCUGGAAAGGUUUUCCAGCUUGCGGUGAUACUCAGCCUUAAACUUGCAAGGGAGAAGGGCGAGACCCGCUCUGGUCUGGUCUGCCAAACUGGCUCUAAAUCCUGAUUUUUUCACACCCCGCAGGGAACUCGGUAGCUCCACGGCCCAUCCAGAACGGCCCCACGGCGGAAGAAAUGGCGGAGCAGCAGAAAAGGUACUUGGUGCUCUGCGGAACUCCCUGCUACUGCCUUUUACUGCCCUGAGCAACACCUUGCGGGGCCUUUGCCUACUCCAGUUUAGUACCAAGCUAGGUUCACAGGGACUGAUGGGCACCAGGUUGGCAGAGGCCCAGGCUGCGUCCUCAGUGCUUGUGCCCAUAGAAUGGAAGAGCUGGAGGGGAAAGGGUCAUCUAGUCCAACCCUCUGCGAAGAGGUGAGGGAGGGGAAGGGUUUUGGGGGCAGCAGGGUCACUUUUAAUGUUUAAUAUGUUAUUGUAUUUCAAUAUUCUGUUGGAAGCUACCCAGAGUGGCUGGGGAAACCCAGCCAGAUGGGCAGGGUAUUAAUAAUAAUAAUAAUAAUAAUAAUAAUAAUAAUUACUUCAUCGCUCACAUCUCCUUUUGCACUUUGUUAAACCGCUGCAUGUUUUCAAGGAGUCCUUGGCUUUCCGACAAAUCCCCGCGCAUCUGAGUUUCCUGCCGUGCCCAUUUUACAGACGGAGCAAACUGAGGCUGCGAAGCAGCUGACCCCUGAGGGCCACCCGAUUGAGUCCCUUGGCUGAGGCGGACACUGUAACCAAGCCCCUCUCCCCAAAUCCAGUGGGUCUCCCUCUCGCCAGCUUGUCCUUCCCUCCGCCCCAGGUGCGAAUUGCACCUCCCUUUUUAGCUCCGAUUCAUUCUCGGCCAGAAUGGAAAGCGCAUGCAACAGCCUCAGUCCCCAGCAGUGGCCUCUCCAGGGAGAGACCCUUGCCUCUGCAACCCUGGAGAGCAGCUACCGGCCCGUGCAGGCAAUACUGUGGGUCCGAUCCGGUACACAGGUCAGCGGACAAUUGCUGCUAAUUCCCCCAGCCCUCCUUCCUGCCUCCAUGCGCAGCAGAGGGCGUUCCCAGCUUAGCUGCUAAUCGGCUUGAGGGGUCAUCGGGUCACCCGGCCGCCCCACUCGCCGCCUCCAUUCCGGCCGCCUGUUCCCAGCGUGCACAGAGCACCCCGUUCCUGGAGGGCUGCCCCAGCUCCUGGCCAUGUGUGGCUUUGCAGUGUCGGGGAUUUUGCCAGAGCCUCCGCAGAAGUGAGUGGCAGCAAUUGGGGAGGGGCUGAAAACAGGAGAGGGUGGGGGACCGUGCCCAGAUGGGCCUCAUCCUGCCCAGCCGCCGCUCCUGGACCCUCGGACUGCAGGGGGGCCCUGAUUUUCUCUUUUCUUCCCCCUCCAAACUCCAGGCAGCAGCAGCAGCUGGAGAGGGAGCAACAGGAGCAGGCCGAGCGAGAGAGGCGGGUGACAAUCUCAGGUGGGUCCCUGGGGUGGGGUGGGGGGUGACGAGCAGCACCCAGUGGGUGACCCCAACCCUCCCUCCCUCUCCCAGGCGAGUGUGGGGUGCAAAACCCCUUUUCUGUUUCAGGACCUUGGCUGGUAAUGGCUCCGGGGAGAGACUUGGAAAUGUGCUUUGAGGGUUAUGGGGGGUUUUGCGGGGGGGGGGGUGCCCUCGACAAAGCCUUUCCACCCCCUAACAUAAGUGGGGUGACCUCGCUCCCAAAAGGGAAGUCUGCGGGUGGGAGGAGGCUGGCCGGCCUCUGAGCGCCUGAAGAAUAAACAAUUGGUUUAGUGUGGAUUAACGCGCCCAGGCUGAGGAUUUGGGGGGGGGGGGGGGAGAGAAUGGGAUGGAGGGCGUUCUGCUAAACGCUCAAGCUCACAUCGUCACCUAUGCUUAAAGCAGUACGGCCCUCCAACAUCCUGGGAACUGUAGUUUGUGGUGGGUGGUGGGAGUCGUCAGGAGAGCACUAUAUCCCCCUCCCGGAGGUACAAAUGUCAGAGUGGUUUUAACAGACACACACCCCCCUUCCCAGGGAUCUCUGGGAGUUGUCGCUCUGUGUGGGGAAGAGGGAACUUUGGGAAUUGUAGUUCUAGGAGUGGAAGAGGGCGUUCUGGGAGUUGUAGUUCUGGGAGGGGGAAGGAGGAGUUCUGGGAUUUGUAGUCCUAGGAGGGGAAGAGGGAGUUCUGGGAGUUGUAGCUCUAGGAAGGGAAGAGGGCGUUCUGGGAGUUGUAGUUCUGGGAGGGGAAGCAGGCGUUCUGGGAGUUGUAGCUCUAGGAAGGGAAGAGGGCGUUCUGGGAGUUGUAGUUCUUGGAGGGGAAGGAGGCAUUCUGGGAGUUGUAGUUCUAGGAGGGGAAGAGGGGGUUCUGGGAGUUGUAGUUCUGGGAGGGGAAGCAGGCGUUCUGGGAGUUGUAGUUCUAGGAGUGGAAGAGGGAGUUCUGGGAGUUGUAGUUCUGGGAGGGGGUAAGGAGCUCUGGGAAUCAUGGCUGUGGGAUGGGAAAUAGCACCCUUAACAUACUACAACUCCCAGUAUCCUUUGGGGGAAGCCAGGGCUGUUUAAAGAGGUAUCGUAAUGCUUUAAAAGUGACGUGUGGAUGUGACCUAAGAAAAUAUCUUGGGCUGGGCAGGCAACUGUUCUAUGCUUGUGGGGUGGCUGUGAUGAGGUGCCUCACUUUGCCCCUCUAUGGAUGCAACCCCACAUUCUGCAGAACUGUGUAGCGUUGGAAAGGGACCCCGUGGGGUCAUCCAGCUCAACCCCCUGCCGUGCUGGAGCCACAACCGAAACUUCUCUUGUUGCAGUGCCUGCAGGGACCCCUUCGGGAGGAGGACCCCCGCCCCCACCAGGACCCCCGCCCGCCCCGCCAUGCCCGCCCCCGGGCCCACCGCCAGGAGCACCGGCGGGGCCACCCCCACCUCCGGGGCCUCCGCCGCCGCCCGGCCCUCCGCCUGGCCCCCCUGGCCCUCCACCUCCGGGAGGGGGGCCGCCCCCUGCGCCGCCCCUCCCGCCUCCCCAGGGCCCGGCAGGAGGGGGCGGCCCACCCUCCGGCUUGGCUGCUGCCCUCGCAGGGGCAAAGCUCAAGAAAGUGGGCAAGGUGAGUACAGACAACUCCGCGGGUGGCGGGAAUUGUAGUUCAGGCGCCCGGUUUCCCCCAAGGCUGUAGAUGGGAGUUGUAGUUGGGCACCCUCUUGGCGCCUUCGCCUUAACCCUUAACCCUGUUCUUCUUCCGCAGGAGGAGGCGCCAAAGGCCGCGGCUGGCGCGGCGCCCCCGCCGAGUGGAGGGGGAGGCGGGGGGCUCAUGGAGGAAAUGAGCGCCAUGUUGGCGCGGCGGUGAGUGCGGAGGAACCUCGCGGGGCGGGUGGGUGGGUGGCAGUGAGGGGGCCUGGCUCAGUGGCGCAGAGUACCAGUCUUCCUAUUUAAAUCCAAGACUCUUGAGGACUAGGAUCUUAGCUCUUGAUUUGUCAAGGAAAAGAUCCUGGCUCUGUGGUGCAUCAUGCAAAAGGGCCCAGGAUCAGACCCUGGCAGCAGUUCCAGGUAGGGCUGAGGACCCAGGCGAGACGGAGCCCCUUUCUGGGCUCAGGCAAGGCCUGUUUUUCUCCCAAUAGUCGUAGGAGAAGGUUGCCAAAUUCCUUAUUUCUCUUCGUCUUGCGCCCUGCUUGGAACAGGGUGCCCCACAUGUGUAGUAAUUUCAUAAGCAAGAAUGCGUUUGGCUGAAAAGUGCAGAGAGAAGGCGUCUGCCUGGUGUCAAGUGGCAGGGAGUUCCAGAGUCUAGCCGCCACACUAAAAGCUAGAUUUAUUACGAACACAGAAGGGGUGUUCUGUGACUGGGCUGCUUCCAUAGAUCGAUGAGAGGGCAUUUAGGGAGUGAGGCGAUCUUGAACAACCCGUUUCUCUCUCUCUCUCCCCCCACCCUAAUCCCCGUCUCCCCAGGAGGAAAGUUGCAGAUCAGGGUGAGAAACCCAUUCCAAAGAAAGAUGAAGGUCCCGUAAGUACCUGGCUCCCCUUCCCUGUCCAGUUUGAGAACCAGACGUUUAGAAAUCUGGGUUUCAUUCAUUCCACCCCUUGCAAAAAUUCAUUCAUUUAGUAUUGCAAUGCAGUUUCCCCAACACUGGAUUGAAAAGAAAAACACACCUCGAAUUGAUAUAUGAAACAUAAAUAAAAUCAAGGGAAAUCCCACCAAAUAUGGAACAGAUAAAAAAAUACCUUUCUAAGGUAUCUGCACAGGCUUGUCUGAACAAGGAUGUUUUCAGCUGGAGCUGGAAAAGGGGUAGAGCAAAGGCGCCUGCUCCAUCUCAUGAGGCAGGGAGUUCCAAAGGGCAAACCAUCGAGUUCUUGCAAAUGCAGAAAAGAGGCAUUAUUGGCACCUGUGUAGUAGGGCCAGUUUAUAUGGCACCUUUUUCUGCAAGGUGGCAAACAUUGCCCUCCCCGUCCCCAGUUCACUUCCUACAACGACAGCGACAACCCUGGGAGGCGGGUUGGGCUAAGAGGCAGCGACUGGCGUCCCUCUCUGGUUUUUGCUUUGCAGAGCAGAGGGUCCCCCUGGGUGUGGGACUAAGGCUGGUGGCUUCUCAUGUCUCAAUUGCCAUCUCUGUUUCUCCCCCCCCAGCAAAACGACAUGGACGCUGGUGCCAAGACCACAGGUAGGCAGUGGGGCCCAGAAGGCGGGCGAUAGACUAGAGUGGGCACAAGGCCCUCCGGCCAGUGGAAGACCCGCCUUGUGGCUUGCCAUGGCUACUGGGCAUGGUGACCGUGCUCAAAUCCUGCAUGCGGCUUUCCCUUUGAGGAAUCUGACUGGCCCCAGGGAGAAGAGGACACUGGAGUGGAUUUAUUACGUGCGGGUUAAACCACAGAGCCUAGGACUUGCCGAUCAGAAGGUCGGCGGUUCGAAGCUUUAGUUAUUGGCUGCAAAAAGAACUUAAUUUGCUGAUACAAACCCUUUUGCGUCUGACAAUAAGUGGGUGCGAUGACCGUUAAGAAUUAACGCUCUGUAUAAUUCAACACAAGGGAUGCGGGUGGCACUGUGGUCUAAACCACAGAGUCUAGGGCUUGCCGAUCAGAAGGUCGGCGGUUCGAAUCCCCGCGACGGGGUGAGCUUCCGUUGCUCGGUCCCUGCUCCUGCCAACCUAGCAGUUCGAAAGCACGUCAAAAGUGCAAGUAGAUAAAUAGGUACCACUCCGGCGGGAAGGCAAACGGCGUUUCCGUGCGCUGCUCUGGCUCGCCAGAAGCGGCUUAGUCAUGCUGGCCACAUGACCCGGAAGCUGUACGCCGGCUCCCUCGGCCAAUAAAGCGAGAUGAGCGCCACAACCCCAGAAUCUGUCACGACUGGACCUAAUGGUCAGGGGUCCCUUUACCUUUUAUAGGUGCUGGAAGCUGGGAAACCCAGCCAGAUGUGCAGGGUAUAAAUCGUUAAAAUGAUCAUUAUGAAUCCAGAAGCUGGGCUUUUCUUAUGGAGCUUCCAGGUUCAGGAGCAGUCUAUCUGGACUCCUUCGUUCUUGGGGGCGGUUGGCCACUGUGAGAACAGAGCGCUGGACUCGAUGGGCACCCCUUGGCCUGAUCUGGCAGCCGGUCUCUUUAGAGAUACGUGAGGACCAUUCACUCUAGAGUUCCCAGGCGCCUGGGGAACGCUAAAUGGGGGCUUCAGCAGGAAGUCAAGAGUGUCCAGGGGGUCUGCCCCUCUGCCACCCACAGCCCCCUACCCACCCUCUCCCUCCUUGCUUUGUCCUAGAUUCCUUCCGCAGGCCUUGGGAGAAGACCAGCACGACGCUACCCAGGUAAGUGACACCUGUCCAUCAUGGUCUUUUUGAGCUUCUCUGAAAUCACCCCGCCCUUUUUUCCUGGCACCAAGUUUCCACGAAGCCAGUGGAAUUGGUGUGUUUGUGUGUUGUGUUUCUCUCCCUCCUUGACCCACAAAGUGGGGGGCAGGCGGUGGGGGGGUGGCUAUCUUGCUUGCCCCCCACCCAAGCUGUGUCUCAGUCUUUCUCUUCUCUGCCCCCCCCCCAACGCUCAGGACAACUGUGACCCAGAGAAGCACCACGCCCUCAGCUGCAGCCCGUCCACAGUUCGGCCAGUCUAGGUAUUAGGCAGGGAGGGCUGGAUAAUAAUAAUAAUAAUAAUAAUAAUCUUUUAUUUAUACCCCCCCUACCCGGUUCAAAAACCGGGCUCAGGGCGGCUAACAACAAAUAUAAAACACUGAAUUGUAAAAGCAGCAUAAAAUACAGUAUAAAAACAUAAAUAACAAUAAAAUUCGAAGAUCAAUUGGAUAAUCCCCAGGGCUAGCUGGUUGAAUUGGUCCUAUUUGGGCCAGCGAGGAGGCCAGGGGAGAAUUAGCUGUGGGAUCCCAGAGCGGGUGAUCUUCAUAAAAGGGGAGGGAAAAGAAGGGAAAUAAAAGAUCAGGCUGAAUUCAAAUUAAAGGACAGGCGGAACAGCUCUGUCUUACAGGCCCGACGGAAGGAGGUUAAAUCCUGAAGGGCCCUAGUCUCGUGGGACAGAGCAUUCCACCAGGUCGGAGCCACCACUGAGAAGGCCCAGGCCCUGGUGGAGGAUAGACUUAUAUCUGCUAAGUACCCCCGUAGAACCAUAGAAGGGCACCCCAGGGCUCAUCAAGCCCAACCCGCCGUGAUGCAGGAAUCGCGGCCGACUUCAAACGUACCUGGAGCCUUCCGUGAGCAGAGGGUGCCCACUUAGCUCUCACUGCUGGUUUUCUUUUAAGACCGGGCUGGGUGGAGAGGUAUCUGUGCCCCCACCAGGCGCUGCUGAACUACAACUCCCAUCCUUCUCCGUGGCUGGGCUGAUGGGAGUUUGACACCCAAGCACAGCUUUCUGAGCUGAUUCAGGGACUCUGUGGCAUUUAAGAAAAGCACGGGGGGUGGGGGCGUUUCUGUUGCCAAUGAAAAAGAGGAAAGCUUGCAAGGCAGGGAGAGAGGCAAGCAAACUGCCCCACAGGGUUCCCCCUGCCCCAUAGGCAAAUACUUCCUGUUCCUGAGCAGUGUGGUACAGUGGUUAGACCGUCGGACUGGCACCUAGGAGAGACCUGGGUUCGAAUCCCCCACUCGGCCACAAAGCUCACUGUCGCUGCAUCUCUCUGUUGCUGUUUGUGGGGGAGAAUUAAAUGAGGGAGGGGGAGAACCUCAACCGCCACCUUGGAAAUAAAAGUGGGAUAGCAAUGCAAUAAAAUAAUCACAAUAUGAUUAUCAGUUAUUGGCUUCGUUGUUGCCGCUCCUUCGGGGCCAAACGAGAUCGGCUGUUGGUUUUUGCAACGAACGCACCUGGUUUUUUGUUAACGAAAUAGCAGCCCCGGGGAGGGGGGUGGUUUUCCUGCAGGGAAAAACCCCCCUUCCGAAGCAGCUGUUUGCAUUUCACGGAAAACUCGAUGGCAGCUGCCUGUUUGGUGGGUCUGAUGCUGCAAAGCUUAGCUUGCCCCCCCCCCCGAAAUCCUUCUUUUACUUUCUCGCCAACCCCAGGAUGAAAUCCGCCGGAGCGAUCACCGGUUCGGAACCCGCUGGUGGCGGUGGCGGAGGAGACGAGUCGGAGCUGGAACGGGUGAAACAGGUAAACCUGCCUUUUUGGGUCCAAGCUAACGUCACCUAGAACCAGAGAAGGGGGGCCCCUAGAGUCAUCUAGUCCAUCCCCCCUGCAAUGCAGGAAUCUCAGCCUAUUGUUGUUAUUAUUCUUUUAUUUUAAUUAAAGAUUUUCUUGGUUUACAAAAGUAUGUGCAAUGUCUCUCUCUCUCCCCUCCCCCAAGUAACGUUUUUUACAGAUCAGCUAAAGAUCAGCUAAUGAUUAUUUCAAAGAUACUCCUUUUUAGGCGGGUUGGGGGGUUCUGUUGUGUUCUUUCCCUGGUGCCAGACUUGUUGGAGGGGGGUGUCUGUCUUCUCUCUCUUCUCUCUGGGCCCUAAAUGCAUGUCUUUCCAACCCCCACUCUAGGAACUCUUGCAGGAGGUCCGGCGGGAAUUACAGAAAAUGAAAGAGGAGAUCAUACAGGGUAAGUUAUGAAGGCUUUGGGUUUUUUAAAAAAUAAGUGGUGUAUAAAUUUUACAAAAUAAAUUCUACAUAUACUGUAUUUUUCGCUCCAUAAGACGCACCUUUUUCUUCCUAAAAAGUAAGGGGAAAUGUUUGUGUGUCUUAUGGAGCGGAUGCGUGGUCCCUGGAGCCAAAUUGCCCAGGGGUGAAAAGCAGAUCAUGCUUUUUCUUUUCUUUUUUUGAAAGAGGGAAGGGGGUGUUGAAACAAAGCCGUUGAUGGGCAAGCAAUCGGGAGAGAGAUUAGGGACGCUAGAGAUAAAGGAGGCUGCCUGGGAGGGGGGAGGUAAAAGCCCAUGGAUCCUCAGGAUUUUUGCAUUGAGUCACCCCAAAUUCACCAUCAGAUCAUGUAGCAUGUCCAUGGUUUUAGCAUUGUGCUACCCCAAACUCACUGUCAAAUCACAUGUUUGUGGCCACAGCAUGAACCACAAAAAUCAUACAUCCACUGUUUUGUUCAGACUAUAUUUUUUCUUGUUUUCGUCCUCUAAAAACUAGGUGCAUCUUAUGGUCAGGUGCGUCUUACGGAGCGAAAAAUAUGGUAUGCAGUCAUACCUCGGAUUGAAGUAGCUUCGGGUUGAGCAUUUUCGGGUUGCGCUCUGCGGCGACCAGGAAGUAACGGAGCGCGUUACUUCCGGGUUUCGCCCCAUGCGCAGAUGCCCAAAAUGACGUCACACGCAUGCACGGAAACGGCAAAUCGUGACCCGCAUAUGUGCAGACGCGGGUUCCGUUCUGCUCUGGAUGCGACCGAGGCUCUGGAACGGAUCCUGUUUGCAUCCAGAGGUACCACUGUAUAACCUACAGCUGUCUUCCCCACCCUGGGGCUGUCCAGCUGUGUUGGACUACAACCCCCAUGAGCCAGAGUGUCGCAUCGACUGUGCCGGCAGGAGCUGAUGGGAGUUGUAGUCUGAAGCAGCUAUGCAAAGGCCCCCCAGGGGUUGGAAAAGCCUGGCUUUUCUAGACAGCGCUGGAAUAUUUUGGAUCGCUGAAAGGGCCCGGCUUCAUAUUUUCGUUUUCUCUCUCUCUCUUGCCGCAGCAUUUGUGACAGAGCUACGGAAGCGGGGGUCUCCUUAGUGCAACCCCCCCACAAGAAAGAAAGAAAGAAACACCCCCCCCAACUUGCCGGUGCCUCCUGGAGCCAGCAGUUCAAUCCUCCGAAACGUGCAGGAAAGAAUAAAAGCGGAAGAAGAUAAAAAGAACGAACUUGAUCACCCCUUUUCUCCCCACGCCCCACCCCACAAACGCACCAGAUGAGCUCCACACAAAACACACACACACACACCUUUUCCCAUCGGUCCCAGGCCCCCGCUGUGCAAUUUCCGGGGAGGGGGGAAAGGAGAAUCUGUGGCAGCCCCCCCCUCCAGGAAGGGCAGGACCCCACCUGUGCCUUACCCACAGCAAUAGCAGCACCCCUCCUUCGUCCUCUGCUUCCUCCCCGCCCCACCCUCCACAACGAGGGGCUUGUUCCCGCGGGAGGUGUGCAAGGGGGGGUGCGUUUCCCUGGUGGAACUGGCUCCUCCCCCCCCUCCCGCCACCACUUAACACUGUGCCAUUCCCAGAGAGGGCUAGACUCUCCAUCACCCGCAAAUCAUCCUUUCUCACGCUUGGACCAAGACGCCUGUGUCUGUUUUUUCUUUCUCUCCUCCGCCCCCCCCCCCAAAAAACCCCCCAUGGCAUGGGAAGGGGGGGCAGGCAGCCCAGCCAGGCACCCUCAGACGUUUUGGGGGGGCCAGGCAGUGGCGCGAGAAACACCUGUUUUUCCUGGGCUUCAGGGAAUCGCAUCAGCUUAACCAAACCGGAGAAGUUUCCUUUCCUUUGAAGGUAGUGGUCAGCAAGUGGGUAGCCCCAAAGGCCAAACCUGCCCUGACUUUCCUGAACUUCCUUCCUCUCCCAAAUCAGCAACAUUUCCCUUUUUAGCUAAGGCAGCAGGUCUCUCAGACCCUUCCUUCUUCCAGACACGAUGCCAGGGGUUGGGUUUGCGAUAAGGGGACCAAGGAACAAAACAAAGGUGGCCAGAACCUUCUCUGUAGUUUGGGGGCGCAGUUAUAUAUUUUUCCCAGCGGAAGGUUAACAAACCACAGCGUUCCCACUGCUGGUAAUUUGACCCGGGCCAAAUUCCGGCCACCUAGUUGCCAACCACAACCUUUUUAUUUUUAAAAAGGCACCCUUACUUGCAAUGCAUGCCCCGCCUCGCUAGUCAUGCGUGCCCAUCCCUGGAAGAUGGACCACUUUGCUGAAAAGGACAGCUUCCACGGCCCCCUCCCGAAAUAAUAAUAAUUACCACCCCACUUCCUAGUAGCUUUUCUCAUUUCACAUGUUCUCUCUUGCUGGGCUCAUUCUGAAAAAAAUAUUUUACUCAACCCCACCCACUCACCCAUCUCUCUGCUCUCACCUCUCUGGGUAAUGAUUUGUUUUUAUUUUUAAUAAUAAUAAAAAAAGAGGAUUUCGCUCCCCUCUGCCUCCUAUCGGGAAGCGCCGAGGGGAAAGCAAGGCAGGGUUCUUGGCUUUUCUACUGAGCUGUAAUUUUUUGACUUUUGUUAUUUUUUUGUCUAGCUGGAUGGAAUAUUAUAUUUUGAUUUUUUUAAUUAUUAUUAUUAUUAUUAUUAUUAUUACUGAACUGCCGGGUAUUUCUGCCCACCCUCUGGCCUCACCGCACAUGUUCACCUGCAAAUCGGCACUAGGGUCUUGGGCACACGCACCAAACUUCUCUAGGAAUAAAUCUUUUCCUUUUUUGUAAAAUUGCAAAAAAAA